AUGGCUGCUGCCGAUCCAGCAAAAACUUUUGAGGACGAAGCUUCUUGUCCCAUCUGCCUGGAGUAUUUUAAUGAUCCGGUGACUCUAGACUGCGGGCACAAUUUCUGCCGAGCCUGCAUCACCCAGUGCUGGGGGGGAUUGGAUACAGAUGUCUUCUGCCCCUGCUGCAUGGAGAUCUUUCCCCAGGGGAACUUCCGAGCCAACAGGCAGCUGGGGACUCUCGUAGACCUAAUCAUCGGACAGCUGAAGGAUGAGCAACAACAGGCCAAGCUGGGAGGGGAGACGGUGUGCGGGAAACACCAGGAGGCUCUGAAACUGUUCUGCGAGGAGGAUCAAACCCCCAUCUGCGUGGUGUGUGACAGAUCCAGGGAGCACAGAGCUCACACUGUAGUUCCCAUUCAAGAGGCUGCCCAGGAGUACAAGGAGCAAAUCUGGAGGCGGAUGGAUGUUCUGGAGAAGGGGAGAGAAGAGAUUCUGGCUCUCAUAGCGUGUGAGGAAGAGCAAAGCCAGGAACUGCUGAGACAAAUAGAAAUUGACAGGGAGACGAUGGAGUAUCGAUUUGAGAAACUGCACAAGUUUCUGCAAGAACAAGAGCGCCUCUUGCUGGCCUGGCUGGACGAGCUGGAGAAAGAGGUCACCGCCAGAAAGGAUGAAAACGUCUGCCGACUCACCGAGGAGGUUUCCCGUCUCAACACCCUGAUCGGGCAGAUGGAGGAGAAGUGCGAGCAGCCCGCGAGUGAAUUCAUGCAGGAUGUCAGAAGCACUUUGAGCAGAUGUGAGAUGGGCACAUUCCAGGCUCCAGCGCCUGCUUCUCCUGAACCUAAAUGGAGACUCUGGUUGUUUUCUCAAAAUUUCGCUUUCCUCCAGGAUGCGCUGAGGAAGCUGAAAGUGAAUCUGUUGCCUGAACCAAAACCGGACAGAGCUGAAGUGACUCUGGAUCCAGACACGGCAAAUCCCUGGCUCGCCGUGUCCGCGGAUGGCAAAAGUGUGCACUGGGGAGUCGCCCGGCAGGAUCUGCCCGACCAUCCCGAGAGAUUUGACCCUGCUCCCUGCGUGCUGGCCUCUGAGGGCUUUGCCUCUGGGAGGCAUUCCUGGGAGGUGGAAGUUGGAGAAGGGGCAGUCUGGGUCGUGGGAGUAGCCCUGGAGCCUGUUAAGAGGAAAGGAGUGAGCACAUUUACACCAGAGCAGAGGAUCUGGGCCGUGCGGAAAUACUGGGAACAGCAUUGGGCGCUCACCUGCCCUGAAACUCCUUUGUAUCUACAUGGGGUCCCUAGGAGGAUCCGGAUUUAUGUGGACUAUGAAGGGGGGUUGGUGGCGUUUUAUGAUGCUGGCAAUGAGGCCCCGAUCUUCACUUUCCCACCAGCCCCUUUUGUUGGGGAGAAAAUCCGCCCUUUCUUUGAGCUGCUGAGUACAGGCUCCCAGAUCAAACUGUGCCCCUGA